GCCCUGCUCGCCGUUUUGACUUGUUACGCUCUCACGCUGAACACUGUAUGCUUCAAAGUGGUAGCAUCAAAGCCAAUGACGCGCAGUGCAUUCCUUGGCGAAUUGCGUUCUGCCCGCGCGGGAGUUUGUGCGCGUCGUGCGAUCUGCCUGCAGCCUGGACGCCUAGUACUGUUCGUGAAAGUCUCGACGCAGCCAAUCACUGAAUGAUCAUCCAGCUUCUUUCCACCGCAAGGCGUCGCAAGUCAAGUACGGUAGUGCAAGAUUGGGCUAUCUUUCUCCUUUACGAAAUCAAAGCGUCGUUGCACACUGCGCAAAUUGUCACGCCUACGCUCGUGGCUGCACGAGCUCGACUUUCGAAUACGAAGGGAACGGCGUGCAGCGGUCUACGGAGUCGACUCUUGAUUCUUGGCGUCUCGAGUCUGCCACUACUCGCAGAGCUGUGCCCGGCCCGCAGCCGCUUGGCAAAUGAGCGCAGCGCGGCGUACACGAGUCUACGCAGACCAACUUGGACUCAGGUACAUUGUACAAGCAUGAGUGAGCUGAAAAAAAGAUGCGAUCUUGCACCUAGAUGGCGGUCGGUUGACAACGUCAAGAGGACACGAUCGGAUACGACGGAGCAAGAGUGCAGAGUCGAGCGAAAUAGAUACGCAGCGGCAUAUCACAUGCCAUAUUGCCGUGCUGCGCCCGCACAAAUGGCCAUUGCACGCUGCUUUCGAGGCGACGCUAAGCCCAUGCCGGCCCUGCGACUGAUGAAUGGGAUGCCGUCGCUCUGCCCUUACGUAGCGCAUCCGACAAGACGCAAUGAGUAGCCGAAUAGCCCAAAUAAGCAUCAAAUGUCUCUGUCGCCCAAAUGCGGCGUCGACAAUCACUGCGAAAGGUCCGCGGAGCUCGCUGGCGGAUGGGGAGCAA